CCCCGCGAAUGGAUCAUUCACUUUGUGAGUUAGCAUGUUGUACAUUGGCGGUGCACAUAAAGAGAUGAGCCAUCACUCCAUGGGCAGGCUAGAAUACCAGUCAUUUCACCCAGAGACGAACGCCCACUGGUACUGUGGUUGCUCACUCAUCAUAGAAGGGGCUUCUAAGUUCAUCCAAAAAGAGAUACAAGAUGGGCCAUUGGAUGUGGAGUGUCACUUCAAUCGAUUCUCAGCCAGAUUGUAUGAUAAAAUGGUGAUUUUAGGGACGCACCACGAGAAACAGUUAUUUGUGAAGGAUCAACGGAUAUUUUUUGCUUCUGAUAAUAGAAUAGGUUUGGGGAACAGAUCUCUCUAUAUCAUUCGGAUUGCUCAACUUCCCUGGAACAACUGGACGCAAGACCUUUGCUUGGUUGCCAGAGUUAUCCACACCGCAGAGAACACUUUUAUGCGUGUUGGACUGACAUGGUCGUCGUAUUGGCCACACAAGCUGCAGGAUAGUCUUGUAUGGCCAGAGAAAACGGAAACCACUAUAAUCUAAGCUCGUGGACUAUCACUCUGUCAAGUCCAUCCGACACCUUGAAGAGGCAAACGCCUCAAGGUUUAUAUCUUCUUCGCCAUCCCAGCUUUCGAGCUCAGCUGAGGGCAACAAUUGAGAUAGCAUAGGGAAUCACCAACCGGAAACACUUCCAUCAAGUAUUCACCAUUCUUGACCAGCUCACACCAUCUUCUGCCAUACCCCCUGUCGCUUC